GAUGGGCCCCUUUAUAAAGCCCACAAGACAACGUCUCUGCUACGGUUCAGGUCAAAGACGUGUAUAAUCAGAAGUCGAAUUAAACACCAGUCAACGAACGUCAAUGAGGUUUCUCGAUUCGCCGUCAGCAGGAAUGGAAGACCGUCUUUCGCCUUCCGGAGGUUUGGUUCGCAGCCCCGGACACGCAUCUCGAAUCCAUAGUAUCGAAGCGAUUUUGGGGUUUAAGGAUGAGAACAUUUUCCAUCAGCCGAUUUCAUCGAAUGUCCCGGCAAGAUUCACGAAAGACACUGAGCGCAGAAGGAAAUGCAAGGUGGUCCCCGCCCUGAGGAAGGGUCAAGGCUCCGAGGGCUUUCAAAGUGCGUGUUGCGCAAGCAGUUCUGGAGCAAGUGCCGAUUUACCUGAAAGGGAAUGUAAAUUUUCCGGUGAUGACAACCCAAAGAAGAAACACAGACGCAACAGAACUACAUUUACUACUUUUCAACUUCACGAACUAGAGAGAGCCUUCGAGAAGUCGCACUACCCCGACAUUUACAGCAGAGAGGAACUGGCGCUCAAGGUCAAUCUGCCGGAGGUCCGUGUUCAGGUGUGGUUUCAGAACCGAAGAGCCAAGUGGAGAAGGCAGGAGAAGCUGGACGUUGGCUCCAUGCGGUUUCCAGACUCCCCCAUGCUGACCUUUAGCAGAUCUCCACAGCCGGCGCUCAGCUCGCCGGGCCUGCAUCUCGAACCUUGGCUCAGCCCUGGUGUUUCCACCUCCACCACUCUGCAGUCCCUUUCAAACUUCAUCACGCCGUCCCAUGGGCUGCCCAACAAUUACACCACACCUCCUUACUUAAAUUCUUCUUCUGUCGGACACAGUUUAUCACAUAUAGGUACCAUGUGCCUGCCUCCCUCCUACCAAUGUGCAGGAUUUAUGGACAAGUUUUCCAUGGAGGAGGCAGAUCCCCGCAAUUCCAGCAUUGCCUCACUGAGGAUGAAGGCAAAGGAGCACAUUCAGUCAAUAGGAAAGACGUGGUAGCAUCAUACAGGCAUCUUGCUGUGGCUGUCCACUAUUGAUAGCUGACUGUAAACAAAACCACUACAUCAAUGUUUCCCAACCCAGUCUUUGGGGUCCCCAGACAGUCUGGAUGUCCCCGAGGACUAAGGACAGCCUGAAGGUCCCUGAGGACCGAGUAACAGCCUGGAGGUCCCCAAUGACUGAGUUACAGCCUGGAGGUCCCCAAUGACUGAGUUACAGCCUGGAGGUCCCCAAUGACUGAGUAACAGCCUGGAGGUCCCCAAUGACUGAGUUACAGCCUGGAGGUCCCCAAUGACUGAGUAACAGCCUGGAGGUCCCCAAUGACUGAGUUACAGCCUGGAGGUCCCCAAUGACUGAGUUACAGCCUGGAGGUCCCCGAGGACCGAGAACAGCCUGAAGGUCCCCGAGGACUGAGUUACAGCCUGGAGGUCCCCAAUUACUGAGUUACAGCCUGGAGGUCCCCGAGGACCGAGAACAGCCUGGGGAUCCCCGAGGACCGAGAACAGCCUGGGGAUCCCCGAGGACCGAGAACAGCCUAGGGGUCCUCGAGGACUGAGUUACAGCCUGGAGGUCCCCAAUUACUGAGUUACAGCCUGGAGGUCCCCGAGGACCGAGGACAGUCUGGAGGUCCCCAAGGACCGGUUUUGGAAACACUGCUCUACAUUGUUAAAUUUCAUCAUUUGAUCUUAAUGGAUUAUUUUUGUGGCGUGAAAUAUUUUGUAUGGAGAAAAUGUUCUUUUCUAGAAUAUGUCUUUUUGAGAAAUAAUAUUUAUAUAUAUAAAUAUAUGAUGUAUAUUAAAUUGGAGCUUUGUCACACGCAAGUUUUGUUGUUUGCUGAUCAUAAUAACGUUCAUUUUAAACAAGGUGGAAUGAUGAAAAAAUAGGAAUUCCAUAAACGUCUGUGUGGAAUGGCAUGUUUCAGUAUUAGCGUACGCAGAAUAUAGCCAUUGUGUUAUCAGAUACUGCGUUAUUUUCAUAUUACAGCCCGUAGAUGGGAAAAAUGUGAACAACCUUAAAUUAAUUACCCUUUGGGUCUUUUGAAUAACUAAUGCAUCUGUAUGCACAAAUAGAAUUUGA